UACUAAACAAGGCUAACAAUUAUUGAAAAUGUUUGCAUUUAUAGAGGGCAUACAAAAGCCGCCUCUUGGCGACCGUAAGUCAUACAUGCCCAUCCCAGAGGCCCAGUUAGUCGACGAUGUCGCGAGCUACAUCGCCAAACCAGAGUUCUUUUCGACUGUCCAAGCGGCAUGGAAGCUGCAGCGCUGUUUCUAUGUGCAAUACAGCGAACUGGCUGCCAAGUUGGAGACUGACCUCACAGCAGUGCUAUCCCGCUUGGAAGCUGCCAAGAAUAAUUUGGAACUGGUGAGGAAGUUCAUGGAUAAUCCGGGUGAGGAACUUCAGAGCCUCAUGCAAAUCGCUCAGGGUGUAUUCAGAUGGGUGACCAUACCGCCAGUGGAAAGGGUUACCCUUCAAGUGGGCACAUCUCUGCAAAUGGAAUUUGAUCUGCCCGAGGCGGAGGAGUUCAUCAAGAAGGACAUCACAGGCCUGGUGAAGCAGCGAGUGCAACAUGAGCACGAUAUCGACUAUCUACAGGAUCAGGUGAACACGGUUGAGAUGAACCUAGCCGUUUUAUAUAAACAUGGAGUCGCGAAGUAGAAGCGUAUG